GAUGACGUGGCCCUCACGUGAGCAGAAGCUUACGCAUUUAGACGUCCUUCUAAUCUUCGUCUUUGUUUGGUCGCUUGCCAUCUGCCUAUUCCCAUCGUGCGGGCGGGCCUGUGGCUAGGGAAGGAGGAGGAGCAGGGCGCGUGCCACUGGGAGCAAAGGAACAAAGAAUCUGCCCGGAAUUCCUGCAUGUCAGUGUAAAGGGGAUUGCCCCGGCGCCCACAAGAAGAGCGGGGAUGGCCGAGGACCUUGAAUUCGCACUGGGACUUUCUGAAGUGCUGUUCUGUCCGCUAGCCUUCCUUCUCGGCCAAGUCACCUGAAGGCCAAUCCGACCCAAGAGCAGGAAGAAGAGGAAUAUUGUCCAGAAACAAAAUACAGUGCACUUCCAGGCAAGAAGGAAAAGGAAGAAACUGUCUGAACCUGUGUGGGUAUAUGUGGAAGUACCACUACUCCCCAGGACAUCUGGAAGGGCAGAAGAGGUGCUGUGGUAUCUGCAGUUGCUGAAGAACCUGACAACUGUAGCUAAAGAUUCCAUCCAGGCUUCAGAUAAUUCUGAGCCACAGCAAGCCUGCUCUGCCUGGGUUAAAAAUUUGGCCCAGACAUUAGCCCCAGUAUGGGUCGAACUCGGGAGGCUGGCUGUGUGGCUGCUGGUGUGGUGAUCGGGGCUGGCGCCUGCUACUGCGUAUACAGACUGACCUGGGGAAGAGAUGACAACGAGAAAAUCUGGGACUACAAUGAUGAUGACGAAGAUGGGGAAUCUAGUGAUAUUACAGAAAUUGGGGUGGAGGCUGGGAAAGCAGCUAAUACUGCAGUGGGGGGCAGAGCUAGAUUUCAGGGUGACUCAAAGGCCAAAGUUAAAGUGGGCAAGGAACUCAAGAGUGGUCCAGAUAUAAAAAUGGAAGCCCACUCAGGAACCCAGAGAGGAAGUGGCCUAGAGGCCAAGGCCAAGGCCCUUUUCAGCACACUGAAGGAACAGGCAAGUGCAAAGGCAGGCAAAGGGGCCAGGUUGGGUACCAUCUCUGGGAGCAGGACUCUUGCAUCGAGUUUACCCUGCCCAGGAGGCAGGGGUGGAGGCUGCCACCCCACCAGGAGUGGAGCUAGGGCUAGGAGCAGGGCAAGUGGAAAGUCCAAGGGAAAGGUCGAAGCCAAGCGCACCAGAACUCCAGCUACAACAUGGCCUGUUCACAGGGGCAAGUUCAACUUUCCCUAUAAAAUUGAUGAUAUUUUAGGUGCUACAGACCUUCAAAAGGUCCUUGACAUCCUGGAAAGAACAAGUGAUCCUUUUAUUCAAGAAGUAGCCUUGGUCACUCUCGGUAACAAUGCAGCAUAUUCAUUUAAUCAAAAUGCCAUUCGUGAAUUGGGUGGUCUCCCAAUUAUUGCAAAACUGAUAAAAACGAAAGAUCCCAUUAUUAGAGAAAAGGCUUACAAUGCUCUUAAUAACUUGAGUGUGAAUGCUGAAAAUCAGGGCAAGAUUAAGGCAUAUAUCAGUCAAGUGUGUGAUGACACUAUGAUUUGUUGCUUGGACUCAGCUGUGCAGAUGGCUGGACUAAGACUGUUAACCAACAUGACAGUUACUAAUCAUUACCAACAUUUGCUUUCCUAUUCUUUUCCAGACUUUUUUGCUUUGUUAUUCCUGGGAAAUUACUUCACCAAGAUUCAGAUUAUGAAACUACUUAUAAACUUUACUGAAAAUCCAGCCAUGACAAGAGAGCUGGUCAGUUGUAAAGUACCAUCAGAAUUGAUUUUCCUCUUUAAUAAAGAAUGGGACAGAGAGAUUCUUCUUAAUAUCCUAACCUUAUUUGAGAAUAUAAAUGAUAACAUAAAAAAUGAAGGGCUUGCAUUAUCCAGGAAAGAGUUUAGCAGAAGUUCACUUUUUUUCUUAUUUAAAGAAUCUGGGGUGUGUGUUAAAAAAAUUAAAGCAUUAGCAAAUCACAGUGAUCUGGUGGUGAAAGUAAAAGUUCUCAAAGUACUGACCAAACUCUAAUCAGGGGUCUGUCUCAAAUAAUAUAGAGAUAUGUUUUUUAAGUUUGCACUUGGGAAAAAUACAUUUUGUAAAUUCUUUGUUUUCACUGUGAUUAUAUGGCAUAGAGAUACUUUCAGCUGCUAUUUUGGAAUAAUGAAUAUCACAGAUCAAUAGUAAUGCUGGCUGUGAUGGUUGGUUUUAGGCUGGACCAUUUUAAGGAUGCCAAAUGAAUACUAAAGCUUGUAAAAACAAAGCACUUAGUGGAUUCCAUCUUGCUACCUAGAUUGAGAUAUUUUUACUCUUUACCUAAACUGACAGCAAACUAAUCAUAAAUAACCUACACUUUUGUAUUGGUUUAUAUUUGUUAAUCUUUAGACUUGUGUUUUAUCAAUAAAGUUAUGUGUUUUAACCAGCAAAAAAAA